GCCGCGCCCCGGAGGGGAGGGAGGAAGGCGCUGGGCUGUCUGGUGUCGCCAGCACCGUCCGCGCUCCCCCUGCCCAGCCGCGGCCAUGAAUAUGUAACUCCCUUCUAUUUCCCGAGCUCCAUUGCGGAGGCCGCCGCUCGCCAUAUUGUGCUGCUGGGGCUGCGGACUCACCGCCGGCGAGGGAGGGCGACCGGGAGCGAGCGGCGCAGCGAGACGCGGCGGCCUGAGGGGGAGCGGCGGGCGCCAUGUCUCAAGCCGUGCAGACCAACGGGACGCAGCCUUUAAGCAAAACCUGGGAGCUGAGCCUGUACGAGUUGCAGAGAACGCCGCAGGAAGCCAUCACUGAUGGCUUGGAAAUAGUGGUGUCACCCAGGAGCCUGCACAGUGAACUGAUGUGUCCCAUCUGUUUGGAUAUGUUGAAAAACACCAUGACGACAAAGGAGUGUCUGCAUCGCUUCUGCGCUGACUGCAUCAUUACAGCCCUCAGGAGUGGCAACAAAGAAUGUCCCACGUGUCGAAAAAAGCUGGUUUCAAAAAGGUCACUGAGACCAGAUCCCAAUUUUGAUGCUCUCAUCAGUAAAAUUUAUCCAAGCCGAGAUGAAUACGAAGCUCACCAGGAGAGAGUGCUAGCCAGGAUCAGCAAGCACAAUAACCAGCAAGCUUUAAGUCACAGCAUCGAGGAAGGAUUAAAGAUUCAGGCCAUGAACAGGUUACAGAGGGGCAAGAAACAGCAGAUUGAGAAUGGCAGUGGAGCAGAAGAUAAUGGAGACAGCUCACACUGCAGCAAUGCCUCAACACAUAGCAAUCAGGAAGCAGGGCCCAGUAAUAAGAGGACCAAAACCUCAGAUGAUUCUGGGCUGGAGCUGGACAAUACCACCACUACUGUGGCAAUAGACCCCGUAAUGGAUGGUGCCAGUGAAAUCGAGUUAGUCUUCAGGCCUCAUCCAACCCUCAUGGAGAACGAUGACAGUGCACAGACAAGAUACAUCAAGACCUCUGGCAAUGCCACUGUCGAUCACCUGUCCAAGUACUUGGCUGUGAGACUGGCGCUAGAGGAGCUUCGUAGCAAAGGAGAAUCCAACCAGAUGAACCUGGACACGGCCAGCGAGAAGCAGUACACCAUUUACAUUGCCACUGCCAACGGGCAGUUCACUGUGUUAAAUGGGUCAUUUUCCUUGGAACUAGUGAGUGAGAAGUACUGGAAAGUGAACAAACCCAUGGAACUGUACUAUGCACCGACAAAAGAACACAAAUAAGCUGUGCUGGGACCGACUCUUUUUAUAGUUCCAACUUCUUUAAUAUGAGAAGAGGGCACCGCCAUCAACUUCAUGGACAGCACUCGUGAUGCCUUCAGGUUCUCUCAGUAUACUCCUUAAGAUGAUUAGACAGUAUUCUGGGUUGUAUUUAAUUUAGUCUUUGGUUUGGGUUUUUGGUUUUUCCCUAGGAGACUAAAUGACCUUCUCCAGUGCAGUCCAGUGUCUGACAUGCUUUUUUGUUCCUAAUGCAUGAUUACUGAAGGAGUGUUCCAGUUUGGAAUGUCUUAAUUUUGUCCAGGUAAAUCUGGAUUUCAAAUACAUUUGACACAGUUAUAGUAGCCUCUGUGAAAUACCGAGCUUUGGAUGGCCCAGUAAGUCUUGUCAGUAGUAAUAUAUGCCAAGGAAUGUGUUAAAUGUUGUCAUUUGCUAAUGGUUAUCCAUGUAAAGGAAUGGGAGAGAAUUGAUUUCUGGGAGUCCUGCAGCUAAAGAGAAGAUUCAAAAGUCGUUUUCUUGCGGAGCUGUAGUGAGAAAACUGACACUUUAAACUGGGUUUAAUCCCUCAGUGCAAGGUGAGUCAGGAGAUUGGGUUACUUUUGAAUGAGUAUUAAAAAACACUCAUUAAAACUCCUCCAGUUAAAACCCCCCAAACAACCUAAACCCUUAACCCUUCCCUGUGUGGGCCGCACUGACUGUGCGGCCCACGGCCACCUCCCCUCUGGCCCCGGUGCAGUGUUAGCCUGUGCUCACCAGCUCCAUUGAAGAAAACCUUCUGGCAUUCUUGUAGCCAGCUCCCUCAGAUUUGUGUGGUGAAUGUACUGGAAUGUUCUGUGACAGGCCUGGAAUUGACUGGUUUUAAGCAAAUCCUUGGAAUCACAGUGUGUGGCUGUCAGGCAGCACUGACAGGCGCUACUUUAUGGGGCUUGCACAGCCUCAGCUGGGUGCCUCUGCAGGCUCCCCUGAGCAGAGAGGGCCCCAACCCCAAGCUGCCCCAACACUCACUUUUGCUUUUUCUUUUGCUAUAGCUUUAAACAAACAUGGCUUAGCACUUUGGAAGACAACUGUAGUACUUGACAAAGUUGACCAUUUAGUGUCUUAAAUUUAGGUUUGAGUUUUCAACCUUGGCAGUAGGCUGUGGUGUGAAGUGCAGUAGCUGCUGUUCGUUGGCACGUGAGACUCCCUUCCCCUCGUCCCAGCCUGGGGGCUGCUUUACCUCUUAUGGGAAACCAUGUUACCACAAGGCUUCCUUUGCUGCAGUACUUGCCCAUGAAGCCUUUUGCCCAUUUGCACUUGAAGCUAGAAGCAAAAAAUGUGGCUGCUAGGCAAGAAGUCAUCAAUUUUACACUGUGAACUGUCGCUUCUCCCUUGUUCUGCGGGCGCCAGGUGGGUUUUGGUGUGCAGUACAGAAGUGUUUGGGGCUCCCUGGGGAAGGUGGCACGUUCCGUUGCUGCUGCCCCUUGAGCUGAGCGCUUAUUGCUGUAUGUGUCUAUUCCUCAGAUCAGCUUUUAUCCCCAUGUGAAACCUGCACAGGUUCCACUGAGUAACUUCAUUAUUUCAUCUUCCUGGAAAGACUUGGGUUUCUGUGACGUGAAAUGAAGUGUUGAGGCCCCAGGGCACAGAGGGGGUGGUUUUAAAGGCAAUUCAUGACUCUGGUGAAAUGUUGCAUUGUAGAGACUAGUAGUGCAUGUCCAGUAACUAUCAUCUGGGGGGUGGGGGAGUGGGGAUUAUAAAUGCUUUAAAAUUUCUGGGGAAACUUCUAGGUUAGUUGCAGCAUCCCUUCCCGUUGUGAUAGCUAAGGAAACGUCCUGUCCCUUACGUAAGAGGUGUUUGUGAAGCUGAACAGUCUGUCUCGGAGCUGUCUGUCCCCAGUUCUUUAUGAAGCGUGGGAGAACGUGAAGCUUUUCUUUUCAUGGUGUAGUGAAUU